GCCUUUCGACAAAAAGGCAGCCGAGGCGUUCCCGUCCCGCGCCGCAGCAGCCUGCAUACUUUAUUCGGAAUCUGUCGUCGCGGGCGCUUACUUCGAGCGGUUUCUCUUUUUUCCCGAUCAUCGCUGCAAGCCGGACUCGUUCUCGGCGGGUGUUUGUAUCAAGCGCGGAUUUGUCGCGUGACGUUGUCGAGUUCACGGAGAAGGUGCGGCAGCGUUAAAUCAACCGGAUCGGGCCCCGACGAGUGCGGGAAAGAGGCGAAAAAGAAAGGAACGACGAAUUAACCGAGAUAGCCGUUAUCGGCGCGAAGCCAUUGCGGAAGUUAACUAAGCGGCCGCGGAUUCCGUAUCGGUGCGUUGGAGUAUUUGGAGAUGCGAGGUGAAAUAGCGAGCGCUGUCGGGCACACAUCGCUACUGGCUAUCGGGUGAGACUUCUCGGCAGGAUUCAAAGGAGUGACCGAAGACCAUUCAACCGGGUGGCGUCAGCAUGCGGGACAAGUGGGAACUUCAGGAGCUUCCGCCUCCGUACCAGGAAAAGUCAAUCGAGAACGGAGUCGCUCUCGGAUUGCAGUCAGCGGCCGCCGCUGAUGAGGAGGCCGCGCCCGACGCCGCACCCGACCGCAAACAAUGGAACAAAGGCAUGCAGUUUUUUCUCUCCUGCCUGUCCAUUUCCAUCGGCUUGGGCAAUGUCUGGAGGUUCCCGACGCUGGCCUACCAAAAUGGAGGAGGCGCCUUCCUGAUUCCCUACUUCAUCGUACUGUUCCUAAUCGGCAAGCCCGUUUAUUUCAUGGAGCUCGCCAUCGGCCAAUUCGUGGGCAAGAGUCACGUCAAAGUAUGGAAAUGUGUACCAGGACUCAAAGGCAUCGGCGUCGCGCAGCUAUUCUCCACAUUCUACGUAACCGUGUCCUACAACUACAUCAUGGCCCUGUGCCUGUUCUAUCUGUUCGCUUCGUUCCAAAGUUACCUGCCCUGGUCUCGGUGCGAUGGCGACUGGAGCGACGCCACUUGCGUGGACUCAUUCAGUGGCUCGGGGAACAUGUCAAACAUCACUAAGGCAUCAUCAGCUCCGGAGCAAUAUUUUCAGAAUUACGUGCUCAGAGAUUCUGGAGGCUUCACUCUACCCUCAUCGCUAGACUGGCGUAUGGCGCUGUGCUUUCUUCUAGCCUGGAUCUGCGAGGCACUGUCCACGUUCAAGGGCAUUCGUUCGGUUGGCAAGGUGGUGUACCUGACGUCAACGAUGCCGUACGUGGUGAUGCUCUCGCUGCUGAUCAUCACCUGCCUACAGGACGGCGCGCUGAACGGCAUCAAGGCCUUCUUCAUUCCGCACUGGGAAAAGAUUUGGGAGAUUGAGGUGUGGUUCAAGGCCUGUGAACAGUCGUUUUUCUCUCUGACGACGGCGUUCGGCCAUCUCAUUAUGUACGCCAGCUACAACGACUUCAGGCACCAAGUGGGAAGGGACGCAUUCUUCAUCAGCAUUGCUGACACCAUGACGAGCAUCUUGGCAGGCUGCGUUGUGUUCGCCACCUUGGGAUCUCUUGCCUACGAUCUCGGCACCGACGACAUCUCGCAGGUGCUCAAAGGUGAAUCGGAUUUGGGCCUCGCCUUCGUGACGUACCCCGAGGCACUGAGCCGAAUAUCGUUCGUGCCUCAACUCUGGUCCGUUCUGUUCUUCCUCAUGCUGUUCCUACUCGGUCUCGGCACAGGUGUCGGUGACGUCCAGGCGGUGACCACGGUCCUGAGCGACCAGUUUCCCGCGCUCGCCAAGUGGAGGAGCCACAUGGCGGUCGUCUUCUGCACCAUCUGCUUCGGCACGGGUCUCGUCCUGUGCACCGACAGCGGAAAUGCGAUGCGCCUGCUGUUCGACAACUACGGCGUAGGACAAGCCGUGUUUCUUUACGCCAUAUUUGAAGUCGUCGGUCUCAUGUGGAUUUAUGGUAUCAGAAACGUCAUCAGGGACUUCGAGUUCAUGCUCAAUUCAAAGAUUUCAUGGUUCUGGAAGAUCACUUGGGGAUUCAUUACGCCCGUGUCCCUCAUCGCCAUCUUCAUCUACGGCAACGCCACCGAGGGAGGCGCUUCUAGUCUGCCGCCGCUGGGACAAACCAUCGGCUGGAUCAUGGCUGCCAUCGCCAUUGGUCAAGUGCCAUUGUGGAUGGUCAUCACAUUCGCCAAAGCUCCCGGAAAAACCAUUUGCCAGAAACUGAAAGCGACGUUCUCGCCAUCCGAGAACUAUGGUCCACGCGACCCGAUGAUUCGCGGGGAAUGGAACGCGUGGAAGCAAGAGCAGCUAAAGGCGCGCAAGGGGCGCUUCGCGGCACCUUCGCAAGCACCCUACGUCACGAACGGUCAAGUCAACCCCACCUACGUCCACGACACCAGCGGUUAAUCGCCGCUCACGCUCGUCGGGAACACAGGGUUUUACCAACGUUCUUAUUUUUUUACUUGCCGUAUGUGCAGUCUAGUUGACGACUGGCGUUGCUACCGAAUCAUAAACGCACGGUCGCACGGGACGCAACGCAAGUCUUCCCGGCAGCAAGCACGUCGCUUGCUCUCAGCAUUUGUUACGUGUCAGAGUGUGGUCUUCGAAACCGAGGACUUUAUUUACCGUACACUACAGGUAACGUGCAACGGCACUGCUGUUUGCAUCACAUAGUAAUGAUGUGCUCCGUUGCUAUUCAUCCGUCUAGAAAGAAUGCGCCAGCAUUACGUUGACUGCGUCAAAACGCAAGGCAUAUGCGCAAGGAUGGCGGCACUGCCAAAGCCCGCGUCUACUGGUCUUGCAGGAUACCCCCACUUUCCCUCAGCGCAGAAACUGGAAGGGACGUGUGGCUGAAGGGACGUGAUGAAUGAAGUGAAGUGUGAACUGUACUGUCGGCCAUGUGCGGAGUGAAGUGAUCCCGGCAACCGCAACGGGUAUCUGUGAUAAAAAAUGCACUGCGAACGGCUGUCAUAGAGCAGCGAAAGUCGCCGAAGACUUUAUACGACCGCGACACGUGAAUGAGCCACUUGUUUUUAAACGUCGGAAAGAAACAAUAAAAUAUUUUAUACAUUGCUUUUA